CUGAGUCCUGCUGCUGGGUCCCCUCUCAGGAUUCCCUGACCCCAGGGAAUCCAGGCCGACCCCACUGGCCCAGCCCUGGGGACUCUGAUGGGUGCCGGCAGAGGCCCAAGGCCUGUGGCAGCAGGUGGAACACGGAAAGGAGGCGGCUUAGAGACUUGGGGGUCUGGCAGGCAGGGCCGGGCCAGGACCACGACCCCCGAGGCUGGCCCCUGUGCCCUGUGUCCUCUGGGCAGGGGCGGAGGCCUGGCUCGCCCCACUCCUGGAAGGGAUGGCGAGGACAGAGUGGCGCGCCCUCGGAGGCCGUCCAGGCAGCCGGCGGCCAGAGGCCCGAGCGCUCCGCCUCUUGGGUCUCUCCUCUGGGAAGCGUCUCGAGGCUUCCAGCGCAUUCCGGCCGCGGAGAGCGUCGCCGCCCGGCUCCCGCGGCUGCUGCGAGGGUGGCAGGCGCAGGGGGCGCCGCGCUCGCUCCGCCCCAGCCCUCGGAGGCAGCGGGGAUCGCUCCCUGCCAGUGGGAGGGGUCGCAGCCCGCGCUCCCCCUCCCCACCCGCCAGCCCGGGUUAAAUGCGGCCGCCGCCUGCGCGGGCCCCAGCUGCCUGGCAGUCCCCACCUAGGGCUGGCUGCCCGCUCCGUUACCUGCUCCAGCUGCCCGCCAGGCCCCGCCCGUCUGCCCCGCUCUGCAGCCGCGCCUCUGAGCUGUCUUGCAGACUCAGUCCCUGACAUCCUGGUUCUGUCUGGCGGGCGCCAUGAGGGGCCUUCUGUGCUGGCCACUGCUGGUGUUGCUGCUCCUUGCCCAGCCCUGGGAAGCCCAGCCCCAGUUCACAGACCUCCCUGACCGCCCUGCAGGUCCCAAGUGCCACACCGGGCCCCUGGAUUUGGUGUUCGUGAUCGACAGCUCCCGCAGCGUGCGCCCCUUGGAGUUCGAGACCAUGCGGCGCUUCCUGGUGGGCCUUGUCCGCAGCCUGGACGUGGGGCCCAACGCCACGCGCGUCGGCGUGAUCCAGUACUCCAGUCAGGUGCAGAGCGUCUUCCCCCUCGGCGCCUUCUCGCGCCGCGAGGACAUGGAGCGCGCCCUGCGCACCCUGGUGCCGCUGGCGCAGGGCACCAUGACCGGGCUGGCGAUCCAGUACGCCAUGAACGUGGCCUUCAGCGUGGCCGAGGGCGCGCGCCCCCCGGAGGAGCGCGUGCCGCGCGUCGCCGUCAUCGUGACCGACGGGAGGCCCCAGGACCGCGUGGCCGAGGUGGCGGCCCAGGCACGCGCGCGCGGCAUCGAGAUUUACGCGGUGGGGGUGCAGCGCGCCGACGUGGGCUCCCUGCGCGCCAUGGCGUCCCCGCCGCUGGAUGAGCACGUCUUCCUGGUGGAGUCCUUCGACCUCAUCCAGGAGUUUGGCCGGCAGUUCCGGGGCCGCCUGUGUGGGAAAGCCCCGUGUGCCGAGGGGAGACACGGCUGCCAGCACCAGUGUGUCAACACCCAGGGCGCCGUGCGCUGCGCCUGCAACCCCGGGUACAAGCUAGCGGCAGACAACAAGAGCUGUCUGGCCAUUGACCCGUGUGCCGAAGGGACCCACGGCUGUGACCACCACUGCGUCAGUUCCCCGGGCUCCUAUUUCUGUCGCUGCCAAGCUGGCUUUGUGCUCCUGCAGGACCAGAGGAGCUGCAGGGCUGUGGACCCCUGCAGCCUUAGCAACCACAGCUGUCAGCAUGAGUGUGUUAGCACUCUCGACGGGCCCCACUGCCGCUGCCCGGACGGUCACGACCUGCAGCCGGACGGGAGGAGCUGUCGCAUCCGAGACCUUUGCAACAGCGUGGACCAUGGCUGCGAGUUCCAGUGCGUGAGUGAGGGCCUCUCCUACCGCUGUCUGUGCCCCGAGGGGCGGCCACUUGAGGCAGAUGGCAAGAGCUGUAGCC